GGCUGCUUGUCCUAUUUAUACCGCAUUCUUAUCGACUGGUUUAUAUCAAAGUUUAUAUCAAGAUGUACAACCGGUAGGAAGACAGGGCUCUCGUCUACCAUCGUGGUGGAAGCUGUUUCCUGUUACACAAGAAGCAAGCUGUCUCCCAUUACUUUCUCGUCAUAUCGUGCCCUUUGCGAAAUUCACGGUACGAAGGACGUUGAGCUCUCUAAUACCCUGUUCCUUCUUCAACAAUCCAGCUGAGUUUUUCCACCCAUUAUGCAACGUCAAUCUCGCUGUUCCCCUUCCCGACUGUUCCAAAGCCUCUCUCUCCUAUACCCGACGUUGCAAUCCAUCCUAGGUCAAGGUUCUCUCGUAGAAAGACGUGCCCGGAUGGCAUGCAAGUCGCCAGGACACAAAGACACUGUCAGCGGCAACGAGUUAUACGUACUACAGCCCUGUCUCCAACAAAACCACAGCGGAAGCCUCACUCUCGGGUCAGCCGGAAAACACAUCCCCUCCGCCUCUUCCCCCAUCACCAGAUGCACCCGAGAUGGGGCCACCGCACCCAACCACCGUCGCGGUAAACCUCGAUUCUCUGCUCUACUCCUCCGUAGCCCUCUAGGUCCCCUCCUGCGAAGGCCUCUCCGGCGAGACCAACCUCCACGGAGACGGCCCGGACGCCGUGUGGCUCGUAGUCUUUUGGCUCCAUCACACCCUUCUCUCGCACCCUCCCCACGCCCUAAGCUUUUGCCCACGGUAAGAGGCUAACCAAAAGCCUGGGCGCCAAGUUUUCUCGCUGAACGAACGCUACAGCUCUCGUGUCCGUGUUGGGGGACAACAUUACCUGGGGUCGGGUAACUCGUGCUGAAGCAGCGGCAG